CGUUGUUAGACUACUCAAGGUGCGUCCAUGUUGAUACUGUGGUUAUUCCUUUGAGACCUUCAUUUACCGAUCUCCUGACCUAGGCUACAACAAUGAAUUGGUCUGCAUUGGAGGUCCUCCUGAGCGGAGUCAACAAAUACUCAACAGCGUUCGGCCGUGUCUGGCUGUCCAUAGUCUUCGUCUUCCGGGUGUUGGUGUUCGUAGUGGCGGCUCAGCGAGUGUGGGGCGACGAAAGCAAGGACUUUGUGUGUAACACUGCCCAGCCCGGCUGCACCAAUGUUUGCUAUGACGCCGUCUUCCCCAUCUCCCACAUUCGCUUAUGGGCCCUGCAGCUCAUCUUUGUCACAUGUCCAUCUUUGAUGGUGACAUGUCACGUAAAAUACCGGGAAAAGAAAGACCAGACAUACAGCACCUCACACAAGGGGGCUCAUCUAUACGCCAACCCAGGGAAGAAACGCGGAGGUCUGUGGUGGACGUACUUGGUCAGCCUGAUUUUUAAGGCAGCCUUUGACGCUGGCUUUCUCUACAUCCUGCACUUUAUAUAUCCUGGCUUCGACCUGCCCCGCAUGUCCAAGUGCGACCUGGAACCCUGUCCAAACACAGUGGACUGCUUCAUCUCACGGCCUACAGAGAAAAAAAUCUUCACUCUCUUCAUGGUGGUCUCUUCAAUUAUCUGUAUUAUAAUGUGCAUCUGUGAAAUGAUUUACUUUGUCUGCAAGCGUAUCCUGAAACACAAUAGAAGAAAAAAUGAUAUGAUGAGGCAGGUAUUCGCCGACAAACACGAAAUGACACAGCUGGUGGCCCUCAGGUCCGAGUUCAGGUCCAAAAGUUCGAUCCGUGUGGAUCCCACUGCCUCUAUCAACAACCUCAAUAAUACGACAGUGGAGGAAGGGGGCAAAGAAACUAAAAAUGAUUCACAACGUGAAAACGGCAUUGUGGAGCACAUUUGAGGAGCUAAGAAUCUUCCAGACUCUAUGGAUGGCAGCUGUUGAAAGCAUGAAGACAUUCAUCAAUUCAGUGAUGAGUUGUAAAAUUAUUUAAUGACUCUCUGUCUGAAGGCAUUUUCUCUGCACAUAAAAAUAACAUAAGCAACUAGGGACAUUUAUACACAUUUAUUCACUACUCUUUAAACUCUUACAUGCAGUUUGACAAAUAUGCUGUUGCACCAGGAAGUAAUAGUUGAUAUUUUCAUGUAAUUCUUUUUAGAGUUGUCCGAUAUUACUAGGUAGACGAUAAUAUUGGCCGAUAAAAGCAUUUUUAAAUGAUAUUGGAUUAUAUCGACAUCGGUUUUUCGUCAUCAGUUUUUUUGUCCUAACAUGCAUGUUGCCUUCAAAGUGAAUGUAGAAGCAUUCUGCCUUUUUACAAGGGCUUGUCACAGAUUAGCACUGCAGUUAUGCUUAUUGUCCAAUAGAUGUCUCUAAACUAGAUGCUUGGCAUUUGUAAUGUGAGCAUUAUCAUUAU